UAUGAAAACCCGUGGACAAUCCCAAAUAUGUUAUCAAUGACGAGAAUUGGCUUGGCCCCAGUUUUGGGCUAUUUGAUUAUUGAAGAAGAUUUUAAUAUUGCACUAGGAGUUUUUGCUUUAGCUGGGCUAACUGAUUUGUUGGAUGGAUUUAUUGCUCGAAACUGGGCCAAUCAAAAAUCAGCUUUGGGAAGUGCUCUUGAUCCACUUGCUGAUAAAAUACUUAUCAGUAUCUUAUAUGUUAGCUUGACCUAUGCAGAUCUUAUUCCAGUUCCGCUUACUUAUAUGAUAAUUUCAAGGGAUGUAAUGUUGAUUGCUGCUGUUUUUUAUGUCAGAUAUAGAACUCUUCCAACACCGCGAACAUUUGCUAAGUAUUUCAAUCCUUGCUAUGCUACUGCGAGGUUAAAACCAACAUUCAUCAGCAAGGUAAAUACAGCAGUCCAGUUAAUCUUGGUAGCAGCUUCUUUGGCAGCUCCGGUUUUCAAUUAUGCUGACAGCAUUUAUCUUCAGAUACUGUGGUGUUUUACAGCUUUAACGACAGCUGCAUCAGCUUACAGUUAUUAUCAUUAUGGUCGGAAAACUGUUCAAGUGAUAAAAGACAGAUGAAAGUCGUCCAUCAGCACUAGCAAGGAAGCAAUAUAUACAUCCGCGGCAGAGCCAGUGGAAAUCUAGAGGAGUUUCCCUGUUUUGAUGUUCAGCUUGAAAAAGGACUUAUCAGAACAAACCUUGUCAUUAAAAUUUAAGUAAUGUGCAUUGAAAAUAAGCUUGAUCGUGGGCAUAUGCAGAAUUUCAAUGUAUUUUUAAAUACAAAUAAAACUAUAAUUUAGAAUUUUUAAUCUUAGGUUUCUUGAUUAAGAGAUCAAUUAGUUAUUCUAAUUAUUGUCAGUCAUUUUUUUAGUAUGUUUCUUAAAAACAUAGUCCAGAGCAUGGAAACUAAAGUUGACACCUCUCUUUAAGUAGAAUUUAGAUUGGUUACAAAGCAGUAGGGAGUUUCCUGGGUUUAAAUAUGUAUCCUAUACAAUUUGGAUAUACAUUUUUAUGUUUGAUUUUUAGAUCCAUGUAUACAUUAACAAUUCAUGUGGUUAAUAUUUGAUCAUAUAGGAUAAUAAGAAUAAAGUUAGCUUAGCUGUGGAUGAAGUAAAGUUGUAAAGAGAUUUAAAAUUAAGUUUUGAAAAUAAUAAAUGAGGUCAAACAACAUAGGUAUUGAAGUUCGUGUUCAGUAGUCUUCCAGCUCUCAGGUGCCUCAUAGUUUAUGUAUCAGGAUAACAAAUAGCAAAGGUAGUUGAAAUUGAGAAUGUGGCCAUUAACCUUUGCAUCUAAAAGGUAGUUACAUUCUGGCUUCCCACUGUGUUUCUAACGUAGCAAUGUUUGUAUGAUAUUGAAACCUGUACUUAUGUUAUGUAAAUAAUAUGAAACUGUAUAUUUUUCAAAGGUUUUUAAAAAAACUUUGGGGAAUCUUCUUUUGUUGAGAUGUUAAAAGAAUAAAAGAGCUAGAAAAAAAAAAUUGUACCUUC